GAGUUGUGAUGUUUGGGUUUGGGUCAUUUGGGCUAGUUUGGUUACUCAGAUCUGCUCUGAGAUGUGAUAUUAACAUCGGCUGGUUUGUGCGUCAGUCAUGAAAGUUCAGCAGCAGCUGCAGAAACUCAAGAACGGCGUCUUCAGAUUCCAGGAGCAGCUGAUGGACGUCAAACCGUCUCCAGACGUGAUCGAGAAAUUAAGAGAGACCAUGAGCGAUAUUGAGAACUCCAUCAAUGCUUUCAAAGACACGCAACAUCAGAGUUUUGAGGAGCUCCUGAAAGACGAGAGGAGCGUGUGGCAGGAGAUCUGCGCCUUCGAGAGGAAGAUGGACUCGUGGUGUGUGCCGGUGAGAGCAGACGGCGGUCCUCCUCGCUCAGAGAAGCCCUGCGACUGGAGGAGUCUCCCGGCCGAGGUGACGGCGCUGCAGACCUUCCUCCAGCAGACGGGAGGCCGAGACGGCGGCUGGGACGAGUUUGACCACCGCAGCUUCCUGAAGGUGUGGACCAAGCACAGAGGAAAGCCCUCGUACAGACACGAAGCACGGCUUUAUCUGCCUGGGAAGACGGAGGAGGAGGUGAAGCGGCACGAGGACUGGUUUCUGGAGCUGCGCCGGCUGCAGGAGGACAAGAGAGAGGCCAUCUGUAAAUGGCGAGCGUGUAAGCAGAGAGAGCGGGAGCUGCAGCGGGAGCAGCGUGACGCAGACGAGGAGCCACAGGAGGACGAGGAGCAGGAGGAGCAGCGCAGGGAGGAGGACGAGGAGCAGGAGGAGCAGCGCAGGGAGGCGUCUGAGCGUCUGGAGGUCUGGAGGAGACGCAGAACACAGCAGAGAGAUGAGGAGCGACAGCAGCGGCUCAGAGACCAGAUCCUGCAGACGAGAAGAGCUAAAGAAGAGCGGCGGCGACAGCUGGAGCUCAAGCUGCUGGUGGAGGCGCACCUGCAGCAGAAGAAGGAGCAGGAGGAGCUGCGUGUGCUGGAGGAGGAGGCGCAGGAGCAGGCGGAGAGACAGGAGCGCCAGCGGCAGGCAGCUGAAGGCAUCAGACGCUUUCAGGAGCGAGUGAGCCCAGCUCUGUGUGUUAGAGACUGA